AGAAGAAGAAAUAUAUAUAUAUUUUUUGCGACGCUUGCCGAAUAUUUAUAUUUACUUACGCCUGAAUAAAGUUUGGAACAGCCGAAAAAAAAAAAUUCCCCAUGCUUAGUUUGAAAAGUCGAAAACGCCAUUUGGUCUUUACCGAGGACCUGGAAGAUGGCGAACUGCCCGAUGUCGAUGCCAGUGAAUGCCACAGAGUGCAUUCGAUACAGACAAUGCCCACGUUAAGCCAGUUCAGUGAUGGCUACGACGACAACCUGAUGGGCGACGCGGCGGACCGGGCCAGAUUAGAGGCGCUCAGCGAGCUGGAGCGGGAGAGCGAGCUGUAUGAGCGCAGCCUGAAGCGGGACGAGCUGCUAUACAAGUGGGGCAUCAAGUGCAUACUGCUAGCGAAGGAGAAGCAUGCCGGUGCCGUCGACAGGCCUAGUACUGAGCCGGACACCGCAGUCUCGCUCAAGGAGCGCUCCAGCACGCGGCGUCUGAAUCCGGAGGCGCAGCGCGCGGCUGACAAGCGGCGCAGUGCAAUCGAUCGCCUGGUAGCGCAACGCAACAGUAAGAAAACAAAGGAUGAGUACGAGUGCAAGCAUAUAACAGCAGAGGAGCCAGAGCAGGAUCAGCACUUGGAGCAGGAACAGCAACAGGUGCAGGCACAGCCUCGGGAGCAGGAGCAGGAGCAGGCAAGAAGCGAGUCGCCCAAAAGUGCAGACGGAAAAAAGUUGAAGCUGAAGGCCAAAGACGUUUACUCGGACGAGUCCAGUGGCAGCACAGACGACGAGGAUUACGUAGAGACCAGCAGUCCAGGCAGCGACCCAGAGACAUUGGUCAGCACCUUACAGGACCUCAGCAAGGCGCUGCUCACACGCACCCAGCUGGAGAGCUUUUUGGACAAGCCCAUCUUUGAUCAGACUGUGGUCGGCUGCUUUGUGCGCAUCAGCAUUGGCGGCAUUCCCACCAACCAGCCCGCCAUCUAUCGCCUGACGCGCAUCGUGGCUGUGGAGCAUAUCGAACAGGAAUAUCUGGUGGGCAAUCAGCGUACGAAGCGCGUGCUUCAGCUGCAGCAUGGGAUCCAUCUGCGUAGCUUCCAAAUGGAUGCCGUCUCGAACCAGCCGGUGAUUAACAGUGAGUUCAUCUUCUGGCUGGAGGCAUGCCAGCGCGAUGCCCAGCCCUUGCCCAGCGUGAAGAGCAUUGGCAAAAAGGAGAAGGACAUCGAAAAGGCUACCAACUAUGCCUUCACCGAGGGCGAUGUCGAGCUGAUGGUGCAGACAAAGCGACGCGCCGGACAGAAGCCGGUGAGCGCCGCCUAUCGCAAGGUGUGCCUAAUCAUGGAGCGCGACAUGGCUGUCGAUAGCAAUGACCUGGAGAAGGCCAACCUGCUGGAAAAGCAAAUCAAACAGAUUGACGAGCAGUCUCUCAGCGAGCAUCAGCGUGAGAAGCGUGUCCAGUACAUGAGCUCGAAUGCCACAGCUCCGGCCAGGAUGCCAUCAACGGAGCAACCUGCCAAGGCCAAGUCGAAGAAAUUUGACUGGCAGCAAUAUAUGCGACGCAGAUACAAAAAAUUUGCCCAUCUAAAUCGCCUGCAAACCCAACAGGAUCAAAGUCCAGUCAAGGAAGCGCCCAACAUGAGCACAAUCCCCGCUGAGCCCGCGGCCAAAUCCGCGGCUACAGAGCCAGUCCAGGAGCAGGCCAAGGAAACAGCUGAGUCAAACAUAGACAUGUUGGAUCUGUAUGAGCUGCACAACUUUGAAGUUCACUUGGAUGUCAGUAAAUUAAUGCAAUUCAGUGAGAUCUGUAAGGAGAUCGAAGGAAUAACUCUGGAGGCUGGUGCUCAAUAGUUAAAUAAGCAAACGCCCAGAAUAUCAGACAAGAACCGGCUGCAACAUAAUCACUUCGACCAGAAACAAUUCACCAAACCAGAAAUUAACACAGCCAUCCCAACCGACUGCUCCACUUCCCGCUGCCCGUUGCCCGUCUGCCUGCCUGCCUGCCUGGUGGGCAAUCACGAAAAAUUGGGAAUUUCAAACAGUGAACGCUUCUAAUUGCCCAACCGUUGAGCCAACUAGUCUGAGGACCAGCCUGCCAGCCGGGCAGGACAUCGAUUGCCAAAAAUAUGAAUACAGACUCAUCCUGGUUGUUGUUGUUACCCCACGAUUGACAGGAUCUAUCGUCGUAUUGCUAACAGGGUCAGGAAGGAGCUGAUUAUCUCGAAAAGAAAUGCCACAGACACCAUGCUGGAGGAAGCAACGGCAGACGAGAGCUCCAAAUUCGCGCU